CAAUAGAACAAAAUAUUCUCAGCUAAGCAAAAUUUGUAUUUAGAUCUCAAUUAUUUCUAUUACAAAAUACAAAUUUAGUUCCGAUUUAAAAUUUCAUCCAGAAAGUUAUCUUUUCUGAAGAUUUGUUAUUACAAAGUAUUCAAACCAGUCAAUUCGUCUCGAUGAUUCCACGAAUGCAGGUCAUGAAAGGGUUAUUUAAUAGAAAAUAACUAUGUGAUGAACUUAUGUUUCACAUUGUUACCUUGUGUCUGGUCAUAUGAUGGGAUGACGAAAAGGAUUUGGCCAGACGACAGAAUGGGUGCCGGGGUUUCUUCCAAUGAAUAUCCAAAUGUAGACGUUCAAAAUUAUCCAGGAGUUAUUAUUAAGGAAAGACGUAAGAUGCGUAUGUCUGGUUUUGCUACUUUGCGAAAAAAGCUUAUUAAGCGUCGUCGAUAUUCCAAGGUGUGUAAUCAUGGUCGUGUCAUAAGAGAAUUGAUAUCUGAUUGGUCACCAGCUGAAGUUACUGCCUUACUUGAAGAAUAUGAAGCAUUAGCUGCCCUUAAAGAUUUGUCUGUACAAGCAGAACUAGCGAGGCCUCCAGCUGCUACAUUUAAACAAGAUUUAUCUACUCUAUAUGACCAUAAGUAUUGUACAGACGUCGAUCUCAUUUUCCGUGGUGUUUGUUUCCCAGUACACAGAGCAAUACUGUCAGCUAGAUGUCCAUAUUUUCGUGAAUUGCUUUUGGGGUGUCCUGGUUAUGGGGCACGUAUUUGUUUAGAUUUGAGAACACCUGGUGUAGAUAUAGAAAUGUUUUCAGCAUUAUUACGGUUUUUAUAUACUGGCGAUAUAGCUCCAAGAGAUGGAGAUAUUGAUUUAGCAUUAUUAAGAAGACUUGGUGAUGAACUUGGUACACCAAAUGUGUUAGAAAAUGAUUUAAGAUACCUGUUGGAAACUGGUGACUAUGCAGAUGCUGCACUUGUAUUUAUCCCAGAAGGAUAUUCAGAUCGAAGACCAGAAUCUACUGGAUCUGAAUAUGGUUUUCAACCCAAACUGGAAUUGCCUUGCCAUAAAUCUAUUCUUAGUGCUAGGUCACCAUUUUUUAGGAAUCUUAUUCAACGAAGGACUAAAUCUGGUGAAGAACAUACUGAAAGAGCUUUACACAUUCCUACAAGGAUAGUGCUAGAUGAAUCAGUUAUUCCAAAACGAUAUGCAAGAGUACUAUUACAUGCAAUUUAUUUAGAUACAGUUGAUUUGUCUCUGAUACUGAGAGGUUCAGGAUGUGGUUCGUCUGCUGGCAGUUUAAGUGAAGUUGAAGCUCUAACUAAUACGGGACGUGUUAGACCAAGUCCUCUGGACGAAGCUAUGGAAUUGUAUCAGAUUGGUCGUUUUCUAGAAUUAGAAAUAGUAUCUCAAGGUUGUGAGGAUCUUAUCCUAGAAUGGCUUACUCUAGAGUCACUUCCAGGAGUACUUAGAUGGGGAAGUUUGCCACAUGGGUCAGCAUGGGUUCAUCGCCAAGCUAAGCAUUUUUUACGUGAAGAAUUUUCUCAAGUGGCUAAUAGUCCGGUUUUGUACCAAUUAGACAAACCUCAUCUAAUAGACUGUUUAAAAAGUAACUUCUUACAAACAAGUGAACUUGAAGUUUUACAAGCUGUUCUCAAAUGGGGUGAACAUGAAUUGAUUAGACGUAUGGAAGAUAGAGAACCAAAUUUAGUUAGUCAAACUACACAUUCUGUUAGCCGAAAAGGUGUAAAGAAACGAGAUUUAAGUGAUGUAGAACUUCGUGAAAUAUUAUCUGAACUCUUACCUUUGGUGCGUAUGGAUCAUGUUAUCCCCACAGAACACGAGACUUUGACCCAAGCCAUAAGAAGAGGUUUAGUGAGUUCACCUCCAAGCCAUAUGAUUGGUAAUGAUUCACCAAUAUUAUCUCAUCAUAUGUCCAGAAUCAAUGCUUGGAUUAGACAUCCAUCUGGGCUUUAUGUGAGACCUAGAUUAUUUAUUCCAUACUAUGAUGAAAUUAAAUCAUUAUUUGAAGAUCAAAUGUUAAGAGAGGAUGAAGAGCUUGUACGACGAACAAGAUAUAUGCCUGAUGGUAUACCUGACACUUUAUACAUGAUUGAAGAAAAACCAACUCCAUUAUCAUAUGGCCUUUCAUCUCUUGAUGUUUUAACAGCUUCAAUACCAACACCAGAUGUUUCAACCAUGAAUGCUAUGGUUAAACGUGACCAGAAACUAAGAUCUGCCCCUGGUUGUCAACGAGCAAUAUCACUGCCUUUAUCUAGUCGACAGGAAAUCAAUCAUCAAAUAAGAUUAAGAGUUGUUCGAGAGUUCAAUUUACCAGACCCUGUUGCUUAUCUUUUAGAAAAAGCUGCCAGUUCUGUAUGCUACUGUGGUGGAGGUCCUGAUGAGAAACCAAAAGAAAGUACAAGAUCUCGAAGUAGUCGCACAAGAAAAGAAAAACGAAAAGGUUUAGGAACUAGCACUUUACCGUCUGUGUACGCACAGCAGAAAUUGAGAAAACAACAUAGACCAUAUGUUGUAAACGAUAUGGCCUCAUCUUUACGAUACACUAAUAAUAUCAGAUAUGAUGACGAUGAAGAUUUUGAUGGCCGAGGAGAGCAAAUAAUUAUGCCUGACGUUGCAGCCGUAUCACUUUCUUUGGACCAGUUAAACAUAUGUCCAAUUCUUGGCCCUGAAGUUGAGUUGAGAUUAGACUUGGGCGAUAGUUCGCCCAAUCAAUCGCCAUAUAAAACACCUCCUCCUCCUAAACAUUUUAUUUAGAUUAUUCUAAAUGUAAUUUCAUCUGUAAGAUUAAUAGUUUAUAGAAUUCAUUUUUACUGUGAGCUAAUAAUAAGGGAGGGGGAAGCAAACUAUUUCAAACCAAUUGUAUUAUAGUAUUAGUUUUACAGAGAAAUUCAGAAAUUUGCUGUUAAAAUUAUCUUUGAUUGUAAAUAGUAUGAGCUAUUUUAUAAUCAAUAAUUUGAUAAUAUCUCAUUAAGUUUCAUAUGUAUACAUUUUAUUAGCUGCUGAUUCUUAAAUUUUAUCAAGCUCAAAUAUAUCUUAAUAGUAUUCUUCUUAAACAUGAGCAGCAUAGAUAUUGAUUGAGUGCUAUUGCUAUUAUUACCAUUUUUCAUUAAUAAUGUUUUAAUUAUUAUGUUAUGUGUUUAAAAAUCAGUUGACUGAAAAACUUAAGUUUCUAUCUAUUUCUUUAAUUUCUUCUCAUUCGUUUUAAUUCUUUAGACUAUAAAGCUUUUAUUGUGUUCAUAUGUUGCAUAUAUGUUUCUUCUGCUUUUCUACUGAAUUGUAUUUCUAUGUUUUUCUUCAUUUAAGUGCAUAGAUUUAUUAUAUUUUAUUUUGUACCCAUUGUUAGUGGUACAAAUUCUUCUUUACUGUCGUUAAUUAAUAUCUUAUUGUUUUUUUUCAUGUUAUAUAUUUUUGUUAGUUGCUUAUGCAAGUCAAAUGAUCUUUGUCCAUUUUUAGUAUUCUUUAUCUCUUUCAAUUAUGACACAUAUUUUAGUGUAUUGUAAAUAUAUUACUAUAUGUAUUAAAAUAUGAAUGCGACGCUUGUUCCGUCCGCGAUUAUAUUCUUGCCAGCUGCCUAGUACACAAAUCGUUUUAAAAUCAAUUUUAUUUUCUUAGUUUUCGCACACUCUAAAGAAAGAGUAUUUGAUUAAAAGUUGUUGGGAAUGUUGCAAUAAUACUGGCAUUGAUAUAUAUAUUUAAAUUUAUUAACUAAUAGCUAAAUUAUUUAUUAACAAUUAUUUGUAUCCAUUUUUUUCUUUUUCUAUAUUGUACCUGAUUGAAAAUUCUGAAAUUUAAAUAUUUUUGUAUAUAUACAGUUUUAAAAUAACAUCCUAAUAAGUGUCAAUAACAUAAUAUGCAUUGUAUGCACCAAAAUCAAUGUAUUUUUUUCUUUUUUUUUUUGAAAUUGUAAUUAAGGUGGUAUUAAUUUGGAAAAUCAUUCCUAAAAUUAAAGUUACAGCGGUAUGUAAAGGAAUCCGAAUUAAAAAAAAAAAAAAAAAAAAAAAAAUAAAUUGAUUUAAAACCAAACUUGUGUUUUGUGACCAAAAGGGGGACGUUCAUCCAAAACAAUAACUGUAUAUAUAUUACAUAUUACAUAUUUCUUAUUAAUUUCUAUUUCUAAUAAUAGUCAUUUUAUUAACCAAAGGUAUACCUUUACCAAUUUUUUGUUCUAAAAAUAUGAACACAUACAAACAUGAAUCCAUCUUAUUUUUUCAAUUAUCCUAGAAAAUAAUGUGUAAUACACUUGCGCUCAAAACAAACUGACCGUUACAUGUAAAGUAAAUAACAAAAAAAAAAAAAUUAAUUGAUUUUAUCUAAUUGUUUUAAUGCUUAGGGACCAAACAACCCGUCUUAUCAAAAAAUAAAUAAAAAAUAUUACAAGAUAUUUAACAAAAUUAAGUUAAGAAUAUUAAAUUAGCUAUACAAUAUUAUUAUAUGUGUACUUAUUAAUUUUCUGUGUAUACCUUAGAUAUUAUUUGAUUUUCCUUGCCCGUCUGUGAUUCUAGUCUUGUCUGUUUUCUAUGAAAACUGGCUUUACAUUAUAUUAUUAUUAGCUUACGAUAUCUAUUGUUAAUUUAUUCCUUUACACGGUGUUACCAUAGUUGUACAACUAUGGGUUUGUUAUAUAUAUAUUAUAUAAAAAUGUAUAUAUUUCAAAUUAUGGUAGCAUUUAAUUUUUAUCAUUUUCAUUAUUGUACGGUGUAUAUGGAAGAAAACUUUAUAUUGUUAAUAGAACCAUUUUGUUUUUUUUUUUUUAUCAUUAUUAUUGUACUUAAUUUAACUUAUUUGAAUAUGGUAUACAUUUUCUUUUAAUAAUAGUUCUAAAAUAUAAAUGGAUGAUGAUAAAAAAUUCUUUAGGACUAGGUUAAGUUAAAAUUGUGUAUUAUAUACCAAUCGAAACAACAAUAUCAUUAUCGUGUACUGUACAAAUCUGUUCUGUCGAUAUUUUGAUGUUAGCUACAAUAAAUUUGUUUUUGUGAUUAAAAUACAUAUACAUAAAAUUGAGUUUAAAA